GGCGAAGUGGCCGCUGACAUACUAUAGGUAGCGAACUUGGGUCGCUAUACCAGAUAGUGACCUUUACUUUUCAUACCUAUUUUGCCUUUAUUAAAGAACAUUUGUAAUAUCUGUUUACAGCUGUUACUCAACCUAUAGAUAUUCUUGCUGAUUUUGAAGUGUUGGCUCAAAGGCUGUUGUAGCAACUACUCGACUUUCGAAGUCCCUGACAAUGUAUUUCUGUAGAACUCAAUUACACACUGCUGGGCUAGUCACAUUGCUUGUACUUUCCCUUGCGUUGAACUGUCAAGCUGCUCGACCAAGCGCGCCAUGGAUCGGGGCGGGCGAAAUCAUUGGCAAAACUCGCCGUCUUCUCCAGACCACUGGCGCUGAGUGUAUUGUCAAAGGCACUGCCAAGCUUGACAUCACAGGAGGCAUGUACUUAAGAGGAAGUAACGGGCUAAAAUGGUCAUUAGCCUGGUCUUCUUCUCCAGCGGGCGUUGGCGCGCUCGUGGCAGGCAAUCGCCUCAAGGUGGAUGGCAAGUGCGACAAAACCACCAAACCCUUCACGCUCUGGGCCAGACGCAUCACACUAGUUGCAGCGGGCAGCACAACACCAGGAAGCGGCAGCAACAGCAGCAGCAGCAGCAACAGCACCAACACUUACAACAGCAGCAGUACUUCUGGCGACAGCUGGUGGUACGGUAAUGUUACAGAGUUGACCCUUCCUCCUGCGGUUCCUCCAAGCUCUCCUCCACCACCACCACGCAGGGUAGCCAGGCGCCUUCCACCGCCCCCAAUUCAGACAAGCGACGCGUCCCCACCACCGCCCACGGAGCCCUCACAACCGCCCUCGCUGCCGUCGCCGGCGCCGCCGCCGCCCUCGCCGCCUCCGCCGUCCCCGCCUCCCCCACCUCCCUCGCCGCCACCACCGCCACCUCCCUCACCAAGCCCGGGGCCGCCGCCUCCUUCCCCACCUCCGCCUCCAUCCCCACGGCCCCCACCAUCUCCCAAACCCUCACCGCCUCCUAAGAAAAGCCCCCCUCCCUCUCCGAACCCGCCACCUCCGCCUCCCUCACCGUCGCCGCCGCCAUCUCCCUCACCGCCACCUCCCUCGCCGCCUCCUUCAACUCGGCCGCCUCCGCCCACUGGCGAUGUGGGUGGCCUGUCGAACCUGGACGCCUGGCCACCUCUUCCGCCCGCCAGCAAGACGGUUUACAAGCUGAACUCAUUGGUCAUGGCGAUGGAUUUGUGCGGCGAGAACGCGACCACCGACAUGCGUGUAGUGCAGGACCUCUGGUCGACCGCCCUUCCCGCCUUCUUCUACAAUGCAUCCUUCGGCGCCGUGACCGUACCCGUUGACCCGCAAUACAACCGCGUGUUGCACACACACGCCAAAGUGGACUGCUCAGGUGUGACCUCCAAGGGCGUUCCGUGGAGCGCAACCGGCUCUGUGGACGACGUGUCGCGGCUAGGCUGGGCGGAGGCGGCAGAUGCCUACGUUGCCAAGUACUUGGGUGUGGACCCCAGCCAGUAUCACCACCGCAUCUACUUCUGGCCGCCCAGCCUCCCCGCCGUGUCCUUCGGAACCACCCAGUGCCCCUUCGACCCAACUGCAAUCGUUCGAAUUUGGGGUGGCGGCUACAUAGGCGCCUUUGUUAACAUGGACAACAUCGUACAUGAGCUGGGUCACAAUCUUGGCUUGUACCACUCCAAGGCCUAUAACGACCAGGGCACGAUCGACGAGUACGGCGACACGUCAUGCCCCAUGGGCGAUGCGGGCGCCUUCCCGGUUCACUUUAACGCACCUCAGAGCAUUGCGCUGGGCUGGACCAAACCCCAGGCCGUGCUGCGGGCCAGCAACCUAGCAGCUGGCAAAUGGAACAGCUACAAGCUCCGAGGCAUCGCCGACUCGCCCGUCAGCUCGCUCCAGAUCUUCCCAGACAGCUGGAUGGCGUUCAGUGCCUGGACCUACCACGCUCAGAUCUACGUCAGCUUCCGACGCUACUUGCCCAACAACACGGACUCCGCGCUCCGACCCCAGUACCGCAACAAAGUCCAGAUUCACUACUUUGCGCCCAGCCCGCUGACCGACAUGUGUGUUUCGCCGUACCUGCUAGCCACCCUGGACCCCGUGUCUCAGCCCGUGUGGCCCCGGCCCGGCAGCAGCUUGCCCCAAGACAAACUGUCACCGCUGCUGGUGGUGCGUGUGAGCCAGGUGGACGAGACUGUGGGUGCGGCCGUCGUGCUGGUUUGCAGGGCGCAACAAUCCGCAAAGGAGACGGGAGCCCAAUGUUACGACGGUUUGGAUAACGACUGCGAUGGAUUGGUCGACAACUGCUGAGAGGGCAAGGCGUCCUUGCAGCGCUUCUGCUUCAGUCAUCAACCGAAGAGUCUCCAUGCCAUGCCCUUCCUGACGGCCAUCAUCCCAGCGUUCAUCGAGAAUCGUUAUGCACCAUGCCAAUUAAUGUGCCGUUUUGGUCAACGCAUGAUAAAGGCUGCCACGCAAUUUGUAUUGAAUGGCGACUGAUUCGUCCUCAUCAUCCCCCAACAGUCGAGGCAGAGAAGCCAUAGCUUCUAGAGUGUUGUUUGCUAGUUGAGUGGUGUUUGAUGGUAUGAGAGGGAUUGGUGAGGUUGGUGGUUAAAUUUGCUGGCCUUAAAGAUAUCUAGCUAUCUUCCGAGAUCAAUGAUUGGAGUAACGUUUAUACACCCGAAGAACGUAAAUUAGGUCCGGGUCUUCGUGUGUAUAUCUCGUCUUAGGGUGAGGUUGAUACGUUGCUCGUUGAGCAUUGCACCACAUUUUCCUAUUUUACAUGACUGCUCCUCUUGCCGUGAACAUCCUAGCGUCCUUUUAUCCACAUACACCUGUAGAUGUGUUAGGGUUGUUUGGGGCCUUUAACGUUUCAAAUUUUGGUUCAUUGUUAGAUGGGCAGUUUGCAAAGCAACAACAUACCAUGAAGAUAAGAGAAGAAAUAAGGCAUUCAUUGCUUACACCUUUGGUUCUGUGCCGUCUUCCAUCGGCUUGAUUUUUCUUCAACCCUUUCUUGACAUCCUCUCACUGUUACAGGUGCGGCUGACACACUGCCGAUAUUUUGUGUGCUUCCGUAUACAUGCAAACGAUUAUUCGUAACAACGUAUGUGGGCUGUGAGCCCUGAUCCAGUGUGAACCCAGAUGGGGCAUCGUUCGUACAUUUUUACGACUUGUUGUGUCGUCACUGUUGUAUGUACAUUUACGUACUGUGUGCGGAUUCAGCAUUGCAGCUUAUCUCGCAGUGUUUUAACGGGCAUACUACGUCGUCUGAUCAUCAGCACCAAGCCACACAGCUGCCGUGCACCAUGCCGUGCAUGCGCCCUGCAUGUCAUUGG